AUGAACCCAUAUGGAAAUUUUAUGUAUCCUUCAUUAUCAACCUCAUCAUCGUCUGUCUCAUCAUCAGAAUCAGAACCAGAAUCAUCUCCAAAACUGUUAGUACCUUCAUCAAAAUCACUACCUAUAUCUCAAUCUUUAAUUGAUAAAUAUCUUACAUUUAAUAAUAAAUUCAAUAAAGAUCAAUUUAAUCAAUAUUCUGAUGAUCGUUCUAAUAAUUAUUAUGAUUAUUAUUAUAAUCAUCAUCAUCCACGAAUGUCGAAACGUGCUGAUUUGAAAGAUUUAUCAAUUCAUAGUGAUAUGGCAUUUAUACGUAAAUUAUUCGAUCAAAAAAAUCAUGAAUUAUUAAGACUUGGAUAAGUUUUCAAAAACAAAAAAAUCAUAAAAAUUUUAAUUAUUUUAGCUAAAUAAUGAUCAUUAUUAUUAUCAUUGAUUUCAUUCUUGUUUUACUGAACUAACAAUUCAAAGAUCUAUAAUUCUAUGUUAUUAGUAAUGUAUUUAUUAGAAAUGUUAACCAAUAAAAAUGCUAAUAAAAUUUAAAAUAAAA